AUUUCACUCCACAAUCGGAGCACAUUUUGGGGGCCAUCAGCAUCCUUAUCCAGCAUUCCAGCCAACGUUGAUCCCAAUUCAGCAUCCACCUCAACUGGGAUUUGGCAUUUUUUGUAGCGGGACAUGGACACGGAUUAAAGGGACGGACGGGCAGAGAGCCGCCAAACUGGAGCAGCACGCCAGAGCACGCCGGGGGGGAAGGGGGAGACGGGACUCGGUGAAUUCACGGAGCCCCCGGGAUAGAGCAGCUUGCGAGUGGUCCCACUCCAAGAUGACGUCCCCCAAAAACCGAACCAAGAAGAAGCCCCCCAAAGACAGCAUGACGCUGCUGCCAUGUUUUUACUUUGUGGAGCUCCCCAUCGUGCUGUCGUCGUUGGUGUCGCUGUACUUCCUGGAGCUGACCGACGUGUUGACCCCCGCCGUGGUGGGCUUCCGCUGCCACGACCGUGACCUCUCCAUGCCCUACGUGGAGACGGGCGACGAGCUCAUCCCGUUGCUCAUGCUGCUCAGCCUGGCUUUCGCUGGACCUGCCGCAUCGAUCAUGAUGGGGGAGGGCCUCAUGUACUGCAUGCAGUCCAAACUCAAGAGCUGCCCCAAGACGGAGAGCAGUAUUAACGCCGGCGGAUGCAGCUUCAACUCCUUCCUGCGUAGGACCGUGCGCUUCGUGGGUGUUCACGUAUUCGGUCUCCUAGCAACGGCGCUGGUGACGGAUGUCAUCCAGCUGGCCACCGGCUACCAUGCCCCCUUCUUCCUUACCGUCUGCCAGCCCAAUUACACGGUGCCGGGCGUGGCCUGUGACAACAACGCCUACGUCACGCAGGACAUCUGCAUGGGCAAAGACCAGUACGCCAUCAUGUCGGCCAGGAAAACAUUCCCAUCCCAGCAUGCAACACUUUCUGGCUUUGCCGCCGUAUACAUUUCUAUGUACUUCAACGCCAGCAUCGGCGCCACCACCAAGUUGCUGAAGCCGUUGCUGGUGUUCGCCUUCUGCAUGGCGGCGGGCCUGGCCGGCCUGACGCAGAUCACCCAGCACCGGAGCCACCCCAUCGACGUCUACGUGGGCUACCUGAUCGGAGCCGGCAUCGGCGUCUACCUGGCCGUGUACGCGGUGGCAAACUUCAAAGCGUCCGAAGAAGACGCCACGCCUCACCCCAAAAUGUCGGCGGCGGCCCACAAGGACACCCUGAGGGUGCUGAAUCAGCGCAGUCACGACUCCCUCUACAGGAAGACGCCGCGGGUGUCGGAGAGCCGCGAGGAGCUGGCCGUGGCCAUGGGUUCCGGAGCGCGCAGCAAGGUGAGGCGGGAGAAAGCCUCCCUGGCUUCCCUCAAGCGAGCCAGUGCCGAUGUGGAGCUCCUGGCCACCCGCGGGCCCAUGGGCAAGGAGACCAUGGUGACGUUCAGCAACACUCUGCCCCGGGUGGCCAACGGAAGCAGCCCCAUCUCGCCCUCCGACGAGCCGCCCUCCUCGCAACGCCAUAUGACCUUCCACGUACCCCUGGACCCCCAAAGAUCCCGACAGCUGGUGUCGGAGUGGAAGCAGCGCUCUCUGGAGCUGAGGAGUCAAAGCUCCCGGGAUGAAGAUGAGGGCGAGGACGGGGCUGAAGAGGCAGAUGCCAAAGAUGAGGGUGGCGACCAGGGGGUGCCGUCUUCCCUCUACCCUAAAGUGCAAGCCAGCAAAGGCACGGCCACGCCCACCGGGGCCAGAAUGGUUGUGUCUCCUCCGCUGGUCCACAUCCCAGAGGAAGCCACGCGUCCGCCGCCCGUCUCCCCCAAAAGCGCCAAGACCCGCGCCAAGUGGCUGUCGCUCACCGAGGCAGAGAGAAGUGCUGCAAAAGAGCCCAGCGUGGGGCCCAUUGCAGUGUCCACGCCCAGGGUGCCCAACACUCACCCUGCUCAGCCAAGAGUCACUCAGGUGAUGGCCAUGUCCAAACAGCAGAACCACGGAGGCGGUCCCCUAGAAGGGGGCGGCUCUUCUUCUGGCGGUGGCUCCAACUGCUCCGAGUCACCCUACUACCGGAUCCCUUCCGACCGGGACAGCUGCAUGGGCAGCAACCCGGGCAGCAUCGCUGGCAGCGGCAGCAUCGUCACCAUCGACGCCCACGCCCCCCACCACCCGGUGGUGCGGGUGACGGCCUCCAACGGGAAGCCGUGGGAAUGGCGGAACACCAUCAGCGGCAACCUGAUGGCCGGUGACGCAGCCGCGUUGGACAAGCACCGAGGUGUGCUGCGAGGGCAGGACAGCGCCCCACUGUACCGCGACUACCGGACGCUCCCGGUCAAAAGGGAGUCGCUGGAAACUCCGGAGCUCCCGCCCCCGCCGCACCACUCCCCCUCUCUGCCUCCCCCACCCCAGCUGUCGUCACCCCAUCUCCCGCCGCCGCCCCCUCACACAUCCCUCCUGUCUCACUCGCCUUCUCAGGUGUCCCCGCAGCCCUCAUCCUCCCCCUUACCCCCUCCUCCACUCCCAGCCUCCUCCAUGCCGCCGCCUCCCCCUCCCCACCCCUCGUGCUCGGCCAUGCUCCCCCCACCGCCGCACCCCGACCUGCUGGUGGACGACCACAUGCUGUCCCGUUCAUCCACGCUGCCCCGCCGACCUUCCGUGUCAGCUCGUAGUCACGCUGAGCAGGAGCACUACUACAAGGCCCUGCAGAACGAGCGGAUGCUAUAGUGCAGCGGCCCCGAACCUGUUUCACGUAAAGAAAUAUUUGGACAGAUCGGCAUGAUAACUACAACCAAUUAGCCGGUUCCAUCUUAAUAUAAUGACACUGCGUGUGUUACUUAUAUCUUCAGCAUUGCAGAAAAUCACAAUUCAUAAAGGUUAGGGUACAGGAUUAGGGUUAUCUUCUAUUUUCUUUUUUCCAAUCAGCCCGGUACCAAAUGGUUGGGGACUGCUGCUACUUUGGACAGCCCAUCUUUCAAAGACUCCGAAAAGAACACAUUGGAUUGUGAAGGGUGUUGACAAAUUUUUUAAAGGACUUCCAUUCCAGGAUGGCAUCUUCAAUCUAAAUCCGCGGCAACACUUCAACUAAACCUACCCGAUGUUAUUCCGUCUAUCAGCUGUCAGGAGAAGAGAAAGCAGAUCAAACACAAGAAUUCCCGCCCGGUCGCCGCCAGGGAGAGAAAAGCGUCUGCAGCUGAAGAAGGAGAUAGCACACCAAAAGGCCUCAGAUUUGCUCAAUCUGCUUUCCUCCGAGAGGGCGACGAAGGACGAGGAAAACAAAACAACCGCGGGCAACGCCAGCCUUCCUAAAGAUGACUGCAGCUGCUUGCCGGCUGCCGGCUUUUGUUUACUCCACUAACGACUUUUUGCUGUGGAUCUUUUAACUUCCGAGCCCGAAUCCUUCUGGGGAAUCAUCUCACUCAAACAAUGACGUUAGAUCCGUGGAAGGAAGAAAGCUGCACCCGAUCCAGGUGUCCCGGAACGGCUUGUUCACUGGAUGCAGCCGACUAGCUUCGACUCGAGUCUUUGAGACUUUCAGGGAUGCGUUCAGACUUCAUGAUUGGUUCAGACAGAACAAUCCCUAACCUUCAAAACCUUAACCGUAGAUGCUACCCUAAACAUGACCCAAUCCUAAACCUUAAACCGUGAAUCCUAACCUGAACACUUGACUCUAAUCCUUGAAACCGUCCCAUAAACGCAAACCAGUUCUCAUCAUCCAACAGCAAACCUUACCUCCCAAUCCUGAUCUCCUAACCUUAACAUUGAACCUAAAUUCCAGAACUUCACAUGUGAGCACAACGUCAGUCAACACGCUUAUUGUGACAAGCGUCAUUCAGGUCUCUGGACUGGGGAGAAAAACAACAACAAACUUGUGUCAUUUUUAUUGAUCAGGGGCAAAUAGUCUGGAUAAAUCCAGUUCAUUGGGUAUUUGUCCAGAUGCCAAACUCAUCACACCAAACAUCUGACUUCUUUUUUAUGACAUCAAAAUUUGACCAUUGUAGCUAUACCAUAAAACCAUCAGCAUUAUCUAUACGCUGCUUUGGUUGGAAAGUAGUGCUAAAAAAAAACACAAUGUAAAGCCAAAUUAAUGCAAACUAAAGUGAAAAUCAGAAAGUGGAAAUAAUUUACAUUAUUUGUUUAAAAUAAAUAUUACCUGUACAUUGCGCUAAUUUAUCAUCUUGAAAAUAAUGAUAAAUCGGCUUGCCGCUCAACGUCCAUUCUUUGCGUUUCAACUUUGUUGUAUGAAAUUAACUUUUUAGUGCAAGUUGUCACAUCCAACAUCUGUCAAUAAGUGCUUUAUAUUUUUGGAUAUUUUCAUGAACACGGACACAAAACAUUUUUUUAACAAUUCCCUGACGCUAUUUUGUACAAACGGGUACGAAUGGAAUGCAUUUUGUGUGGCGUACACGCGAGCCUCCUUUCACCAGAAUUUUUUUUGUAGGAUUUUGCACAAAAAUUGCACAUAGCAGAAAACAAAACAAAAUUUGGUCAUUUAUUUAUUAUUUUUUUUGCAAUUAAAUUAUUUGUAAGAAAUUAACAGAACUUAGUCCCAGAUUCCUUAAGACAUCAUGUAACAAUAUAGAUUUAAAAAUCAAUUUAGCAUUUUAUUGUGUUAAGCUUACCUUUGUGUACAAUUUCCUACUAAAUUCUGGUGCGAGUGCCUCACUAUUGCAUAGUGUGUGCGUGUGUGUGUGUGUGUGUGUGUGUGUGUGUCACGCUUACCUUAUUUAACAAGUCAUUGCUGCAUUUUUUAGUGCUUUUGAGUAUCAUAUGGCCCAUUUUUAAGUGUUUAAAAAAAAAAAAAAACGACUUCCUUCAUAUUAUUAUGACUGCUGUUCUUGAUCGCUUCAGCCUUUUUUUUUAUGGGCUACGUUUUCUAUCUGUAUUGAUGUGUGACAAUAACAAUAACGUUGAAUAAAAUAAAACGACUUCUUAAUUCGGG